UUUCGAACAGUUCGACGGCAGCUGGUUUGCGGUUAUUGUUUUUUGUUGUUGUUUUUUUUCGUUACUAUUAUUAAUUUCUUUUCUUUUUUGGUCUUCUCAUCUGUCUGUUGGUUGGUUUCAACUCGACUUUCAGUUGGGAGGCCUUUUCACACGGUUCGUAAGGUAUCGAUCGAUUAACUCUUGAUCGCAUAGGUCAAGUUGCUAUCAUGCGCCGCUUGUGAAGCUUCACUUCUCCUUUGGUGUGGUCCUCAUUUUCUUUUUCUUCUCUUUUCAGGGCCUACACUUAGACCUGCGCUGGGACGCAAUAUCUUCUCUAUCUUCACCAUUUAUUUUGUCUUUUUUUUUAUUUCGUAUCUUUUAUAAACAAUCUUUCCUCGCUUUUGGGAAAAAAAAAGACGCAGAUUGACAAGAUGUGGGGAUACGGAAGACAACCACGCAACCAGGCCGAGCUCCUAGCCGACCUCACCCGCCGGGACCCUGGUGGUGAUCUGGAAACCCGCUCCGGCUCCUCCAGGAGCUCUGCCAGCAACGCCAUUGCUAGAGCCUUCAACCGAAUGCAACGGAGGGCGCCAGAACAGGAUGUAUCUGAAGCCGCCAUACGACCUUCAGUGCCGGUGGUCAUCCCUGGGGGUUUUUUCAACCCGAUCCCUGGGUCCGCCGCCAAUGUCAUUAUCAUUACCAUUCCUGGAUUCAAAACCAUCCCUCCCAGCGGCUCCUCCUCUGCUUCGGCGACACCAACCGUCUCUUCACGAUCCUCGAGUCCAACCGUAACUUCUUCAACCCCGCCAAUACAAACCGCUGCACCACCGUCGCAGCCGCCAAUACAAACUGCUGCACCAUCGUCACAGCCUCCAAGACAAACCGCUGCACCAUCAUCAGAGCCUCCAACCCAAUCUGGAUCUGGAUCAACCAUACCGCCGGUUAUAUCAUCGGCACAGCCAACUCCGCCACCUACCGAAAACGUGCCAGCAGUCUCUAGCCAGCUACCUUUUAGCAGCAUCUUAUCGACCAGCAAUGUAACGGCUGCUCCGAGCGAGACGGGCGGGGCUGCCGCCUCACCGGGCAGGGAGGCCUCCACGGACGGUCGAUCCGCCAACAAUGGAUCGCGGCAGAUUGCCAUCCUAGCCGGUGCCAUUGUUGGUGUCAUGCUCUUGGCAGGCCUUGUGGCAAUGCUAUGCAUACGGAAAAGAAACAAGGCGAAAGAUGCUCGCAAAUCUCAAGCUAGCGCGCUGCCAAAGCACACAAAGGCCGGUUCCAUCUCGGGAUCUAUCUCAUACCCAGUCCAAGAGGGAGGCAACUCGGGCCCCUGGGCGCCACCGCUGAGAAAGCCGACCAAUGUAUCCUCUAGGGGUGCGCCGAUGGCAGCCGCCGACUGGCCAAUGGGCCGCCAGUCCAUCGACCGCAACUCGAUGGAGGAAGGGUCACUCGAUGAUAAGCAGUACCUUGCCUACCAGAACCUAGUCGGUAACGCCGAAUACCAGAUCACGCCUCCGCCAGUAGCCGCACAGGACCGGACAUCACGAGCGCCCGGUUCGCGGGAUACUCGAUACCUGUCCGCUUCGUCCGCCGACCCUUACGAGCAGAUCAACGGACGUUACAGCGAGUGGCCGCCAAUGCCUCCCGUCCCGAACGCCGACGGUGGCGGUGGCGCGCAGAACGAAGGCACAGUCCCGAUAGGCUACGCGCAAACGACCGAGCCACUGCCGCCGCAGCAGCCUCGCACCCUGGAUCAGUAUCCCCAGACAGCUAGAAUCAACCAACACUACUCCGCGGUGGAGAGAGAAAUGCUUACGGUGUCGUACCACCAGCCGGGGGCUCAGCGUGGUUCAAUAAGCCCACCCAGCCCGUUGUUCUUCAAGCUUGAUAACCAGGGAAAUCUUGAGCCCGAGAGCAGGAGGUAACUAAUUUGCGACAAUUUGUUGUAAACCAACUGGGGGUUUUUUUUUGUUUGGCUGAACGUUUAUACCAACUUCUUUUAUUUCUAUUUUGUUCAUGAGAUCAAUUUCUAUUUUAUUCCAUUUACCCAUCUGCUCUGGAAAAGCGGCUCAUGAAAUACAUACACGAUACAGGGGCGGCUUUCACCCGCCAGUCUUGUAACAACACCCACUUUCCUAUAGAUACCACGGUCCUUUCUCGCCACACGGCACUUCACAUCUGGCGUUUCUUUUGGUACAACAGUACAGUCUGAAACCGCAGCGAUGUUGAGGUCACAAUACCCAUUAUUUUACAUAGAGUUUCUUUUUAUUAAAUAAAUGUUUAUGACAAA